GCAGGAAGAAGUAGUGAUGGUGGCCUGUUGGGUCUCGGAAGCAGCUUGCUGCAGGCUGGGGCCUGGGGCCUGAGGCAUGCAGAGGAUUGGUGUUCUCAGCAGUCCUGUGUUCUGGGCAUUUCCUCAGCCCUAGAAACUCCAGUGUCUGCCUGAGGAGUCCAUGUGCUGCCGCCUGGUGGCUCCCCCACAGAAGGGCAGGGUGAGUGAUGCUCUGAGCACCUGUGGUACCUACAGUGACCAGUGCUGAGAUAGCAGGUGUGCUCUGCUGCCUGGGUCUUUAUGGGUGCAUGGAAGGUAAAGGGUCCAGAACAAAGGUCAUACUCUACUGGACGGCACUGAACCGGACCCGUGCCAGUUAUAACUCCUCAGAGAAUGACAAGUUGUUGGAAAGGUGUUAGUGCGGACAAUCCUCUGCCUGCACAGUUUGCAGCCAGCCUCAUCUACGGUUGCAGAGCCAGCAGUAAGGCUCAGUGGGUAGAGUCCUGCGCCGGGCCUAGCACAGGACCUACAUGGCUUGAGGGGAGACUGACCCUCUGAGGGGGCAGAGGUCAGCUGAGGCAGACCCAGGACUCACCCCAGUGCUACAGGAAGCUGUACACCAGGAGAAUGAGCAUCCAUUGCCUGUAGUUGCUGUGGAAGACAGCAGUCACUUUCUAAAGCCACACAGCAGGGUGUGAAGGAGGAGGAGCUGACACUUGUGCAAGGUAGGUGGUACUUGGAAGGCCACCCGUCCCCACAGGAAGAGAAAGUGGGAAGCCCCCCCCAGAAACUACUAGUUCUGUGCCAAGAUGGAGGUCUGCCGGUCCCUGCUGUUCCUGCUGGCCCUGAAAACGCUGUGGGCAGCAGGCAACAGAUUUGACACGCAGAUCAUUGGGGGUCGAGAGGCAGUCCCACACUCCCGCCCAUACAUGGCCUCUCUACAGAAAGCCAAGUCCCACGUGUGUGGGGGAGUCCUCGUGCAUCGGAAGUGGGUGUUGACGGCUGCCCACUGCCUGUCUGAGUCGCUACAGAAGCUGAAGGUGGUGCUGGGCCUGCACAACCUCCAUGAUCCCCAAGAUCCUGGUCUCACUUUCUACAUCAGGAAGGCCGUGAAACACCCUGCCUACAACCACAGAUAUGAGAAUGAUCUGGCGCUGCUUAAGCUGGAUGGGCAGGUGCAGCCCAGCAAGAAGGUCAAACCACUGGCUCUGCCGAGAAAGCCCCGAGCCAGGCCGGCAGAAGGCACCCGGUGCAGCACAGCUGGCUGGGGUGUGACCCGCCAGGGUGGGCACCUGGCCAGGGCCCUGCAGGAGUUGGAUCUGUAUGUGCUGGACACCCGAAUGUGUAACAACAGCCGUUUCUGGAACGGUGUCCUCGUGGACAGCAUGCUGUGCUUAAAGGCUGGGACCAAGAGCCAAGGCCCCUGUAAGGGUGACUCUGGAGGGCCCCUGGUGUGUGGCAAAGGUCAGGUGGAUGGGAUCCUGUCUUUCAGCUCCAAAAACUGCACAGACAUCUUUAAGCCGCCUGUGGCCACUGCUGUCGCCCCCUACAGCUCCUGGAUCAGGAAGGUCAUCGGUCGCUGACCAUCCCAGCCUCUGGACUGAUGGCCCAGAUGAUCUGAGACACCAUUCUCGAUGGCUGGGGCCAGGAAGGGAUUAGAUAUGCCUAUGGCGACCAAUAAAUCUUGA